AAUCUUUACAUAACGCGCAUAGAGGAAACACUACUAAGCUAAUAUAUUGUUUCAGUAACGCUGCUAUUGGAUAAAGAACCCUUUGCGUCUGUCUGUGAUUUCACAAGGAACCGCCGAAAAGAAACGAUGUCAACCGCCAAGGUUCCGUUCACUGAGCCAGAAUGGAAGAUUCCAGGGUAUACUGGAUACGUCCAAGGGCUUCAGGAGACAUACAAGAAGACACCGGUAAUGGCACAGCUCGAGACGAAGGACCCAACGCCAGAGUCGUUCAUCUAUACGAGGACCCAAACAGCCCCUAAGCCCUCGCCUGUGCGGGACCCGUGCAAUGAUCCAGAGAACUUUAGGAAGCCCCAGCCUGGUAAUCUGUGGCCAUCCCUUCAAGACACAGCUAUCCAGGCGUCCUUUAAGCCACCAGCUAGUAACAUUGCACUGGGCGACGAGCGCAUCAUGCCGUUCCGGACUUCUUAUGGCGUGGACUUCAAGGCCCCAUUCGAUGGGCAAGAACGGCUUCGCAGCCCGAACCGUAAUGAAGACCUGGUCAAGACCACGUCCAGCUUAGCCAACAUCUAUAAGAGCUCCUUCAACCGCGUGGGAGAGAAGCGGCUCCAAAAGAUGAUUAGCACCAUGCGUGAGCGCAUGGAGGCCAAGCUAGGCAACAGCAACAACAACGCCUUCCGCAUGCGUAGACUGUUUAAGAUGUACGAUAAGGACGACACGGGUCGUGUGCACUUCGAAGACUUCCGCAACAUGGCAGAGACGUUCGGCAUGCAGCUGGACGACGACUCGCUCAUGGCGUUGUACUUUGUGUACGACCCUGAGGGCACCGGCUACCUUGAGUAUGAGGCGCUGGUUUCCCAGCUUAUGUCGCCCUCGGACUUCGCUUUCUACAAGGGCUACGUCGAUUACAGCCAGGACAAGGCCGAGGAGGCACGGCGCGUGGAGCUGCUUUCACAGCUCAAGAAGAAGAUUGGGCCAGUGGUCAGCGACUUGCAACGACUGCUCAAAGCUUUUGACUCCGCGGGCAACGGGCGGGUGACGCGGCAUGAUCUGGUAGCGGGUUGCGCAUCAGUGGGUGUGGUGCUCAACGACAAGGACUUCGACACGCUGGCGCCCGUCAUGACGACGAACGCGGACGGGACCAUUGACUACGCAGCUUUCUGCUCCGUCUUUACCAGCUGAGCGUGAUCCGCGGACCGGCGCUGUCGACGACGCAUGCAUGUGUGCAUGCGCGUGCGUGUAUGUAUGCAUGUGGGUGAUUUGGGGGUGGGAAAGC